CCUCAUGGCGGGGCCGGCGUCGUGGACGCGCUCCCUGGAGCGGGCGCUGGAGGAGGCGGCGGCCAGCGGCGCGCUCAGCCUGAGCGGCAGGAAGCUGAGGGACUACCCGCGGGGCAGCGCCGCCAGCCACGACCUCAGCGACACCACCCAGGCCGAUUUAUCACGAAACAGACUCACAGAGCUGCCGGCUGAAGCGUGUCUCUUUGUUUCCCUUGAGAGCCUCAACUUGUACCAGAAUUGUAUUCGCUAUAUUCCAGAAGCCAUCCUGAACCUGCAGUCAUUAACGUUUCUGAAUAUCAGCCGGAACCAGCUGUCAACAUUGCCAGUUCACUUGUGCAGCCUCCCCUUGAAAGUUUUGAUAGCAAGCAAUAAUAAGCUUGUCUCGCUACCUGAAGAAAUCGGACACCUCAGACAGCUGAUGGAGCUUGAUGUAAGCUGUAAUGAAAUACAGACGGUUCCACCUCAGAUCGGCAAUUUGGAUUCCCUGCGGGACUUCAACAUCAGGAGAAAUCAUUUGGUGCAUUUACCUGACGAGCUUGCAGAGCUGCCUUUGAUUCGGUUAGAUUUCUCCUGCAAUAAAAUCACAACAAUCCCCGUUUGCUACCGGAAUCUCAGGCACUUACAGACAAUCACAUUAGAUAACAACCCUCUGCAGUCACCCCCUGCACAGAUAUGUAUAAAAGGAAAAGUCCACAUAUUUAAAUACCUGAAUAUGGAAGCCUGCAAAGUAGCUCCCGAUCUUCCAGAUUACGAAAGGCGGCCAAUGGGGUUUGGCUCUUGCCACGAGGAACUGUACUCCAGCCGGCCAUAUGGAGCGUUGGAUUCUGGCUUUAAUAGUGUGGAUAGCGGAGACAAAAGGUGGUCAGGAAAUGAACCUACAGAUGACUUUUCUGACCUUCCUCUUCGAGUGGCAGAGAUCACAAAAGAACAGCGGCUAAGAAGAGAAAGUCAGUACCAGGAGAACAGAGGGAGUGUGGUAGUCACCAACGGUGGAGUGGAACAUGAUCUGGAUCAGAUCGACUUUAUUGACAGUUGUGUCACUGAAGAGGAGGAGGAAGAGGUGAGGCAACAACCCAAGUGCAUGGAGCCAGACAGCCUCAGCUCACAGUUCAUGGCCUAUAUUGAACGGCGAAUCUCACAUGAGGGCUCACCAGUAAAACAGAUACCUAUCCGAGAAUGUCACAGAACAGAAGAUGCAAGAAGAUACUCGCAUCACAGUAGAGACGCGGAUGAAUUAAGACGGCCAGAAAGUCUGAGUUUGAUGCAGGAUAGAGAGCGGCAACAUGUGCUAAAGAGCUACUUGGACCGGGCAGAGAGGGGCUCCAGUGACUUCUCUGGCCUUACAUCCCUGCCAAAUGCCCAUCACCAGGUCUCUCCCUGGGACGCGGAUCUGCACCGAAGGCGUGAGCAUUUCGCCGAACGCGCCCGUAGGGAAUCCCAGCUGCAGGCCGAGGAAGAGAAGACGAGGACAAAACAGAUCCAAAGGGAAGCCGUCCUUGACUUUGUCAAACAAAAGGCAUCCCAGAACCCUCAGAAGCAAAGUCCUCUGGAUAGCGAGUGUUGUCCCUUUCCAUCCAGAAGGUCUCACCACACUGACGAUAGUGCCUUGCUGGUGAAUGGCUUUGAGCCUGUCUUUGUGUUUGAGAUUGACAGUAAUACCAACACCAUUAAAAGAAGGCCGGGGACACUCAAUCAGAGUGACGACAGGUCGACGAUCUCACCAAAUUCGCCUACUGCUCAAACAGUUCACCUUUCUGCUCCAUAUCCUGGCUCCACUGCUGCUGCUCCAUCCCACCGAAACCCUCCCCAGCGUCCUGAGAGCUUCCUUUUCCGAAAUACUGUGAGGGAUGACGUGAGCAAAGCUGCCGCACUACUGCCCUCUCCUGCAUCUGCUCCUGCCAACAGUACUGAAGACUGUAGCGAGAACCAUAAUUCCAAGCUGCAGGAAGAAGAGGUCGAGCUGAUAGAGCAACUGCGGAAAAACAUUGAGUCACGGCUGAAAGUGUCCUUGCCUAGCGAUCUCGGAGCAGCACUAACGGAUGGGGUGGUGCUUUGUCAUUUAGCCAAUCAUGUGCGGCCUCGCUCUGUCCCUAGUAUUCAUGUCCCCUCACCAGCUGUUCCUAAAUUAACAAUGGCAAAGUGUAGGCGGAACGUGGAAAAUUUCCUAGAAGCUUGCCGAAAGAUUGGUGUGCCUCAGGAGCGAUUAUGUUUGCCUCUGCAUAUUUUAGAAGAGAGAGGGUUGACGCGGGUGGCAGAGACUGUGCAGGCACUGCUGGAACGAGCCCCCCCCAAACAGCAGCAGCAUCACUUGGCUGCUGUGUAGCGACCCCGAGGACCUUGUUCCUCUUUCCUUGGCCAAGCAGAAGAACUCCAGGACUUGACCGAUGGUGGCUCGUGUCCAGACACAGGCAACGUUGUGAUCAGAGGAGGAAAUCGAUACCCGGAAUUCCUGACAGGAAUAAUUUGCUUCAUUUCUCCACUUUUUGGGGGAGGUCAAAAAGGUUUUCCAUAGAACGUUUAAACAGUUUUUGUUCUGUGUAAAGUGAGUGUUUCUGGGAAGGGAGCAGGGAGGGCUUUCACUGACUGUCAGCUUCAUUUUUAAAUAUGACCACGGGAGGAUUGGGAUGUGUUCAAAACAUGUGUUAGAAAACUCUGAGAUUCCCAGGAUGUGCCAUUCACACACAGAAUUCCAUUUUGCUGUGCUCUUGCUUUGGACAAGACUUGCACAUGGGACACUUCUAGCAAAUUGAACCCCCUGUGAACGUGCGCACACACUCCUCAGGCAGCAGUUCGGAACCAUUACAGUCCAUAUUGUUGCCCAGGUAUUUUCUAGCUUCAGAAUCACACAGGGUUUUGCGGAGCCUUCCUCUGGCAUUCUGAGUCCCAGAUCAGCUUGAGAAGAAUGCCCACCUUGACAUAGUUCAGCUGUAAACAACACGAGAGUUUCUGAAGAAGCAGACAACCGUUUUUGUUCUGGCACUAACUUCUGGAUCCUCCUAUCAGUGCCUUUUUCUUUAGGUGCCAGUGGAACCCACAGCGUCUGCACCUGUGAGACUGGCACUGUGCUCUCGAGCAGCGCCUUGUUUAAACCAGACCAGUACUGGAACGACAUGGUUAGGGUUAGGCAUUCCAUGUAGCUUUUUUCACACGGACAGCUGGCCAGUUUAACCAGGAUGCUUGCUGGAGUUUCUCCUUGCCAGCACCACAGUUUAACCAAGCCUCAAACAUUUUUGUUGAGUGGAGAAGGAGGUGGGUGGUUGAAGCAAACACAGACCUCUGUGCGUUGAAGACAGUAAAUUCCCUUUGGUGCAUUAAGAAGAAUAGGGGGUGGGGGGUGGACCCUGUGUUGUGUGUGUGCUUUUUUAAAUCCAUAUUUUCCAUGUAAGCAUCCCCCCGCCCCCACAUCUUUCCCUUGUUCAUUGCCUUCCCUUUAUGUUUGUUCUUAAAAACAGCAGGAUUUGAGCCCGUUGGCACCUUAUGAGGCUUACAAGAUGUUUCCAGGGUAUAAGCUUUUGAAAGUCAAAGCUUUCCAAGAAUCUGAAGAUGGGAGUUUUGACGCUUUGAAGCUUCUCUCUAAGGUGCCGCUGGACUCAGAUGCUGCUGCUGUUCUACUGCAGAUCCACACAGCUACCUACCUACCUGAAACUGCAUUUAAGAAGUUGGCAAAUGAGACCAAGAAACCGUGCCGGUGCUCUUUCGGAAACUGAAGCCGACUCAAAAAGUCUGCAAAUGAGGCAGGAUCUGACGCUGCCCGUGCCCCGUCCCUGCUCCGCGUUCUGGAUGGCGGGGCAGCUGCUGUUGCCCGUCUAGCUUUGGGGAGCACAUUUCACACACACACUCCGCAGACUGUCGAGAUGCUGCUGGGACUGAGAGUUGUGAGGAUGGGAAAGUCACGUUUUCCUUCCCACGGCUGGCUAGAUGGAAAGCCUGUGCCAUUCCUUGCCUGGCUCUCUGACUCAGCCUACGGGAUGUUGGCUGUGCAGGCGGCCUCCUGUGGCUGAUGGAGGCAGAGGCGUGCGUCUCUGCUCGUGCAGUGUAGUCGACCGGAGUGGCCGGAUAAGGCAAGGCUGUGCCAGUUCUGACUCUUGAAGAUCUGCAAACCCUCACAGAGAGAGCUAGAGUGCUUAGACGUUUCUUACAGUUCGAGCAUCUAAUAAAACCAAGACAUAUCAAGAUUUCAUGAGCGAUGGCCUGAGGAGGCAGUAAGAGAAUUGUUUACUUGAAAUGCACGGGCACUGACUAAAGCGCCUAGGAGUAGGAUCCUCGGCUUAGCUGCAUGCUUCCUCUUGCAGCCUGGGUGAACCAGAGCAUGGAGCUGCUUUGUCCCAGCCCCCGUUUGCUUCACUGGGCGUUGACUGGGAGCUGUUCCUCCUUUCGGAUCCUCUCCCCUCAUCCCAUUGCUCAGUUUUUAUUUUGAGACCCCUUGCGGCGAGCUUUGCCUCGCCAGGCUCAUGUUAUCAACGCAGGUUGCUUUAUCCUUGCACUGAGGGCAUUCUCUUGAAGACACAUGAAGAAUAUUUCCCGGGAAAACAGUAGCAUACAAGUAAGAUGGAGUUUUAUUUAUCUGUGGCUGCUUCUGGGUGUGCACGUGCUGGCUCUGCUACCAGACUCGCUUCUGUUUCCCAACAUGGGGUUUGCAGACCAGAAGCGGCUCUUGAAGGAUUGCACGAAACGUAGUGGAGGAAUUGAAGGCUGUCUCCCUGUUUACUUUGAAUGCUGCCCACCUUGCUGACUUUUAUGAUUUGGGCAACACAACCGUGCUCUCCACAGGUUUUUGAAAGGUUAUAAUAGCAAUCUUGUGGCCUCCCAUGAUUCGGGCCGUUUGGUGCCAGAGUCGUCCUGCCUGAUAUGCCCCUUGCUGUCACUUUCUCCACUCUACCAGCUCUCGGCACCUUUCUGUGUCUUAAGUUAUUUAUUUAAGCAAGGGCUUCUCAGCAUGGACAGAAGCAGGCUGUGCGAUAAGUUAUGGAAGUUUGGCUGUCUCGCCUCCUUACCCAGCCCUAAAGAUUAUUGUUUUGGAGUUUCAUCAAUAAGUGGAAGGUUUAUCAUCACAUGCAGUAAAACAGUCACCAUCCAAGCCGUGCGUAUUUUAAUCCUAGGUUUGCUUAGGAAGUGCGGCCUGCGUGCUGUGUUAAGCAGGAAAGAGCAGUUCUGCCCCUGAAGGGCUACAGAGGCUUUUAUGCCAUACUGCCAUGCAGGCAGUUCAGUUUCCAGGAAAUAAAAACAGAUGUUCUCAUAGUCCACCCGAACCAGUUCAGUACGGCUGGGGGCAAAAGAGGUGCCUACAUUAAAAGAAACAAAAAGCGCUCCAUUUUGUGGCCAUUUCAGUUUGACUCUUUUCCUAUUUUCACAACUAAACCUUGAACAAAAGCAAGAAAGAAAUCUGUCUCUUUUCAACUGGCGGUUUAUUUUUAAUGUACUAUACCAAAAAACAAAAUCCCCCACCCACUUGAGUUUUCUGUAGCAAGUUUUAAACGGUUUGGGGAUUUUUGUGUGUUAUAUUUAUGUGCAAUUUUUCUUGUAUUUACUGAAAAGUUUUUAAAGAAAAUUGUAUAGAAUUCUAUUUUGUGUUCUGCAGCAACAAUGGCUGCGGGCCCCUCUCUUCUAGUGAAUAUUCAGGGGUGGGGGGCGGCGGCGGCAGCAAGGUCCCGCAUUCUUGAUGUUGUGCUUGCUGUUAGGUUUAUUAUAAACCUUGCCCCCCCCCCCGAUCGCUAGACAGGAUCAGGCAGCUCUGGCUGGAGAAUCGGCCGUAUUCAACCAGGUGGUUUCCCACUCAAAACGGAUGUUGUUCAGGGGAGCCUGUUUGCUUAACUCGAUCUCAGCAUGAAAACAGAUUGGUGUGAGCUUAAAAGCUUAAGCAUUCUCACAGCCUGAUGUUAAGGAGAGCAAGAAGAAGGUAUUUGCUUCCUUCAUUUUGUUGGCGUUGCCAUUUUAUCCCACAGAUUAGGAAUCCAGUGGAACAAAGGUUGGUUGUUGUGGGUUUUCCAGGCUGUAUUGCCAUGGUUUUGGCAUUGUAGUUCCUGACGUUUCGCCAGCAGCUGUGGCUGGCAUCUUCAGAGGUGUAGCACCAAAAGACAGAGAUCUCUCAGUGUCAC